UAUAUGAGUGUGUGCAUCAUUGAGUAUGUCUAUAGGCUUGACUCCGAGUGUGGAUUGUUUGUGGCCUGCCUUCUCUCUCUGUGUGCUCUUCUAAGGGGGAAAGACUUGGACAGAAGCCUACACACAGAGCCUCAAACCCAGCCAGUGGCAUUCUGACCCUGGUUCUUCCAGGCUCCAGUUAGGUUACAUCAGCCUCAGAGAGAGCACACAGCUUCUUAGUGUGCCAGACGAACGGGGAUGGCGCUGGGCUUAUGUUGUGGCAUAGAGGAUCUGCUGGCCUCUGGAAGUCAGUUGGUGUGGACUGUGGUUGAACAGGUGCUGAGGAGAAGCUACAGUAAUGGGCUUGUCCCUUGUAGAAGGUUCCUGCAGACAUGGUUUCAUCUGGGAGAUGUCUACCAGAUGACUGAGGGCCGGCUGUGUCAGGUGCUUCUGCUAGAUGACAGACAGCUGGAACUGCUGGUCCAGCCCAAACUGUUGUCCCGGGAUCUCCUGGAUCUGGUUUCAUCGCAUUUUAACCUAAAAGAGAAAGAAUACUUUGGAAUCUCAUUCAUUGAUGAGAAGGGCCAGGCGAACUGGCUUCAACUGGAUCGCAGAGUGCUGGACCAUGACUUUUCCAAAAAGAGUGGACCUCUUGAGCUCAAAUUCCAAGUCAGGUUUUACAUUGAGAGUGUUGCAUAUCUGAAAGAUGCUACCACCGUUGAACUGUUUUUCCGGAAUGCUAAGAUAUCUGUCUACAAUGAAAACAUUGAAGUGGAGAGUGAGAUCGUUUUUAAGUUAGCCGCGUACACUAUUCAGGAGGCAUGUGGAGACUACACAAGUGAUGAAAGCACAAGAUCAGACUUAAAAAAGCUUCCAGCUUUCCCGACUGCGGUAUUGAAGGAGCACCCGUCAUUAGCAUUCUGUGAAGAUAAAGUAAUCAAGCAUUAUAAGAAGCUGAAAGGCCUCAGUCGUGGUCAGGCUAUCAUACGGUAUCUUACCUUAGUUGAAUCCUUGCCUGCAUAUGGAGUACAUUACUACAAGGUGAAGGACAAACAGGGCAUACCGUGGUGGCUGGGGAUUAGCUACAAAGGCAUUGGCCAGUACGACCUGCAAGACAAGCUCAAGCCACGAAAGCUCUUUCUGUGGAAACAGCUUGAAAACCUGUAUUUCCGAGAGAAGAAGUUUGCCGUAGAGGUCAACGACCCUAAGAGAAGAACAACUUCUAGACGCACAUUUGGGCAAUCUGCUCAGGUCAUCUACGCGUGGUAUGCCAGCCAUUCUCUGAUCAAAACCAUCUGGGUGAUGGCCAUCAGCCAACACCAGUUCUACCUGGACCGCAAGCAGAGUAAAGCUAAAAUAACUACAGCAAGAAGUUUGGGUGAUAUUGCCAUGGAUCUCUCAGAGACUGGUGCUCCAAGGAACAGGAAGCUGGUCAGCAUGGAGAGUAAAGACAAGCUCAUCAUGGCCAGCAAUGGAAGUUUAGUCUCUUCCAAUUCUGGAGACAAUGAAGUGAAUGAGGAACAGAAGAAAGAGAAGAUUGCAGAACUGAAGAACAAACAGGAAAGCAUAAAAGAACUUCUGGCACUCAAGGAAGAAGAGCUGAAGAAAAUGUGCCUCCGGGAAGCUGCGUUGACUGGUGUGUUACCUAAGGAGUAUCCUUUGGCACCAGGAGAGAAGCCCCCUAAUGUUCGAAGGCGCGUGGGAACUGCUUUCAAAUUGGAUGAUCUUUUCCCUUAUGAUGUGGAUCCUAAUUUAAGAAACCUGGAGAGCUGCUUUGCACUCCAGAAGAAGAUUGUGGAGGCAGCGAAAAAACUUGCCUAUGAAAAUGAGCUCUGUAAAACAGUAAAGAGGAAACGCAGGAAAAACCUUUUGGACGCUACCAAAAAGCUCCAGGAGAUCGAAAAUCAGAUUAAUGAUUACAGAGUGAAGAUUGGCAAGGAGCCCACGCAAAGAGCUUCCGUCAUCAUUGCUGAUCAUGUGAACCUGGACAGCCUUUCUGACUGCUUGAAUUUGGAAGAUGACGAGCCAUCGCAGAGGCAACGUUCACGUUCAGUGCAGUAUUCUCCACGUUCCAGCUCGUCAAACUCCUUUGCUGCAUCAUACUAUUCAGAUCACAUCGAUCACGCCAAUGAUGACUACCAGGACUGUGGCAGAUUAAAUUAUGGUGAAGUCCAAGAACCUGCCUUAUCGACACACAGCAGUCCCUACCGUCAACCCUCACGCCAACCCUCUGACUCGCGGAGCAUGCCCCCCACCCCUCAGCUUCCCCGCAAUGCCUACAGCAGCAGCCAGCUCAGCACUCAUUUUCGGCAACGCAGUGGCAGUCUGGAAUCUCAGUCACGGUUCCUAGCAGAAAGUGAGCCAUCCGAGCCCGUCUUCACCAUACCUCCUCCUCGCCGUAGCAAUAGCACUGAGAUACUUGACGAUGGUUCCUCCUACACCAGCCAAUCCAGUGUGGAGUACCCUGUACCCCACUGCCAUUCCCGUGCUAAAAACCGCCAUCGGCGGAGGCAGGGUAACACAUACGCCCCCACGGGCAGCAUGCCUAACCUAACACAAAAUGAGACACGGGGUUAUACACCCCAACCUCGGCAACAACCAACCACCACAGCCUAUUAUGUCACUGAAUAUCCACGAUACUUGGAACCUGAGGUGUACAAAAUUGGACCGUACAUGUACGAGACUGAGAUGGAAGGACACUAUCCUGUAAACCCACGCUACUACAGACAUGACCCUUAUGGGAACUAUGGCCAGGACGAGAUCGAUGGUUCAGCUCAUAACCUUUAUGCCACAUUAAGGCCGCCAAGGAACCGUCCUCCAUCCAGUAAUGAGAAAAACAUGCAAAAGGCUGAAGUGGUGGAACACUUGCGUGUUUGGUACAACCGACAGCAGAGACAACAAGGGUAUGAUCCCUACAGGGGACCACAGCAGAACCUGGGCUACAGGACCAUGUCAUCGAGUUACGUACGCAGUGACAGUACUACUUCCUACUCGACAGUGGGUUCGGGAAACUGGCACGGUCGACCAGUCAUGGCAAUGUCAGACUACGAUAUGCCUCCCGCACACCAUCAGUUCUAUGGCUACAACACUGUCCAUUACAGCCAGCCGUUACACAGCAGAGGCUCCAGCUCGCACUCUAAACGUGCUUGGCACUACCCUGCCAGUCCUCAGUUCUAUCCUCCUCAUUUCUCCCAAGCUUGCUCUUCUUCUCUCCCUCCUCCUUAUCUUCCUUCUUCCUCCUCUUGCUAUCAGAUGAAGCAGAUGGGUUUGUCCCCGCCUCAAACUGGUGGUGCAAGACAUGCAAGAGUUAAUAAAGCUUCAUUUGCUAAUUGUAGCCCUUGAUAAACCUACAUAGACGUGAACCACCAUGAUUCACACACGAGCAGCCCAAUGGACAGCAGUUUUGACUCUGAAGACCAGCAGACACUGUGUUGGCAUGAGAACUCCAAACCUGGAACGAUAGUGUAGAGAGUGUGAGAAACUGUUCACUCUCAUGUGCCGCCGCCUUCUGUUCUCAUCCCAUUUGUUACGUUCCAAAGGUAGGAAUGCUGCCGGACGAGAGCCUAAAACAUGCGUGUGAAGUAGAUCCUGCUAAGCGACUCGAGAAUGGACAAUGCAUUCUCUUUGUGUAAAAACCUAUGGGAUAGCACUUCGUCUUCAAGACACAGCUGCUGUGGAAACUUUGGGUGAAACUUUUGAUGCUGUAGUCAAAAUGAACUGGAUACAUCGCCCCAAUACACACUGAGAGAUUGAAGGAUAUUGCAACAUUAAUAUUUCAUCAGGCACAAGCGAUUAUAUGAAGGAUUGAAACCAGAUUUUUCUCAUGUGCAAAACCCUCAUCAAAAUAUUCCCCAUGCUUUUUCACACUUGGAUUUAGUUGUUUGUGCUGAUCUCAACAAACAUUUUUACAGUGUUUUUGUGUGUUUGGAAGUCAAAUACUUGGAUUGUGAUGGUGCAACAACAUUCUUUUCAUAUAGUAUUUUCUCAGUCAUCAGGUUCAAUUUUAAUGCAUUCACAAUAACAAGUAUCCAUCCUUUCUGGCUUUGUACUGGGACCAUUUUAAUUAGGUUCAGAACCAGCGGUGCUGUUUUUUUAUUCGUGCACAGCUAACAUUUGUACCAGUCACAAACAGUGUUUCUGUACUAGUGAAUCAUGUCUAUCAACAUGUUACUUUGCAUCAGUCAGUGCCAAGUAUUAAUUUUCUUUUCUUAUCCUGUUAAAACAGACUGCAACAACUCUAAUUGUUGAAACAUGACUGUAGGGGAGUAUAAUUGAUUUUAUACGGUCACUAACAAUUAUCCAGGUACAAUAAUUAUGGCCAUUUACUGCACUUUUAUACUCUAAAUGGACUUUGCUCACUCUGAAAGAUUGGAAACCGUGACCGAGUGCACAGCAUUUCUCUUUCUCUUUAGAAGGGAACUGUAUAUGUUUGUAAAUACUGUAAAAACAUUUGAUACAUUUUUCAUCUUUUAGAGAGAUCGGUUUUCAUCAUUUUGAAAGAUUUGUUUUUAAAGAAUAUAUAAUAUAUAGUUUGGAUUUCUCAAGCUGGUUCUUAGUAAUUUGUCAAAAAAUUCAUUGGAAUUAAAAUAGAAAACCAA